AUGUCAAAGGUCACCGGAAGUACCAUCGUGUCACCGUAAUAUUUUGUGCAAAUCGCGUGCGACGUACGGAGCGAUUUGCCAGUGAUUUUUCUCCAUUUUCUUCGAUAAUUAAAGUAGUGGAUUGGACUAUCCUGUAGGAAAUAUUCUCAUGAUCUAGUAGCUUUGGUUGAGUAGAAUGAAUGGCAUGUUAAACACCAGAACGGUGCCUUUAUUAUGACCAGCACCGCGGUCGUGUCGAGCCUGAAGUCAGCGGUACGGGACAAGCAUGAAAACACGCUGUACACGGCGGGGGCAGUGGCCGUCACGGACCCGCGGCGAUCUGCCCUCCUACCCGCUAAGGGCCAAGUGCAAAAUGUGCCCGCUUCUCGUGUCUAUGUCUUCGGUAACGCCGACGUGGCUGAAGACGAACUCAAUGCAGACUCGCAGAAGUCGCAGAACUCUAUCGAGAUGUCAGAUCUGCGACCAAGAUCGGGAAAAGUUAAGAAGAAAAAGAAGAAUUUGGAGCCGGUUUUCAUUGAGAGGGAGAUCGAAAGUGGGGACACACUUCAGAUAUUUUCAUUGCAGUUUGGAUGUCCAGUAGCAGAGUUGAAACGAUGCAACAAUCUUAUCAAUGACCAGGACUUUUAUGCUCUGAGGAGGAUCAAGAUUCCAGUCAAACAGCACGGUCUUCUCACAGAGGAGCAGGAAGAAAGAAGGCGACGUCCGGAUGCAACCUCCAAGACGGAACCUCCCAAUGGAAACCAUCUUGUGAACGGAGGCUAUGUCAGUGAUUACGAAGAGGAUGAAAGUGAUUAUGGAGAGGAAGACAAUCUCCUCGUGAGGCAAAUCAGCAUCAGGGACUGCAUGCGGGACAAGACGACAGCAAGACAGUUCCUGCAGAAGAUGGAUCAAGAUCUUGAGAAGAUCUGCCAGGCGACACAGACACAGAAGAAGUCUCUUGAGGAGGUGACGUCGACCCUGACUGAGACCCGCAUCCAUCCACUCCUACUGCCUUACUUUGAGAAGAGGAAGAAGAGAACUGCUUGUGAUGAAGCGACGUGUGGAAUGACUUGGAAAUCAGUGCUUGCUGUUGUCGUCUUGGUCGCAAUAGCUAUACCAAUUCUUAUCGUGAUGUAUUAUCAGCUAAACAAAACAUGAUGACUGGUCAUCCAGUUUCUAAAAGGGUAGUUUUAAAAUUUUAAACAGAAAAAUUAAUUCAUCUUUACUCAGUGAAACUUGAUAGAGGAAUAUGACCAAGACAUCAUGCACAUACAAUGCAGUGGCCUACCGUGCAUGAAAUUGUUCUUAGUUGCAUCAAAUUUAGAGGUCCUCCAUGAGAAUGUAGCUAUUAAUAGACCAAUCCAUUUCGCCCCGCCUACUGCAAACACAGACAACAUGUGUACCCCUCAAAUGCUGCAGCACAAGUGCCAGCUUUGGCUGUCAUACGCACGUACGUGCACGCAUGUCAGACUUUGUGCAUGCAUGUCGACUUAUGGCUACUAACCCUUUUGUUUGAUCAGUCACAGCACCUACCUCCAUGGUCACAGACAGUUAAUAAUAAUUCAAUCCUGUUCCCCUGCCAUUACACAGGCUUGUCACAAACAGUCGGACCAUACUUCUUGUAGGCACUGUGUCAGUGAAAUUCCAUCAACAGACAAAAGCAGGUGACUGGUGGGCACAGCUGGCUUAUCAAUCACCUACAGUCCAAGCAUAGCUACACUGUACAUCAGGGUCCUGUUUUAUGAAGGCAAGGAGCACUCAACUGGUACAAACAGUCAUUUGCUAUAUUUUGACUGCUGGGCUGGCCUUGGUGAAAUUUGAUUGAAAUUUCAAAAUAACAAUGGAAGGGGCUAAAUAGAUCUGUCUACACUGAGGUGAAAUGAGGAUUUAUGAG